AUGUUCAGGCCUAACGUCGGACGCCGCGGGCGCGUUGGCCCCAACGCCGGGCGCAACGGCCAGGGCAUCGCACUGUUGCUCAUGCUCAUGCAACAGAUUCAGCAGCUGGAGCGCAAACCGCCGGUUACGCUCGGACUCAUGGCUUUAAUGUACGGACUUCAUUUCCAGAAAGAGCAAUCACCGGAGCUCUUCUCCCCAUAUUCGCUAUGUCCCGACCGAGUGCUCAGUCAUUGGGACUUGACGCGUAUUGUGGCAUCGGGACUCAUCCACGUCGAUGACUGGCACUUGUACCAUAACAUGGUCUCGUUCUUGUGGAAGGGAUGCAACCUUGAGUACAAGAUGGGGAGCGUGCGCUUCCUUCUAACGGUGGUGUAUUUACUCGUGCUGUGCCACGUGCUAGUCGUAGUGGUGGCACUCGUGCUUGCAACAGGGUUCCAAAUGCCGGUGCUUUUGAAUCAUAACUCGCCAGCAUUCUCGUCGGUUUACGGCUUUCAAGUGCCUACCAAGUAUGCGGCAUGGCUGGAGCUGGUGGUGAUUCAUUUCCUGGUACCGCGAAGCUCGUUCAUUGGCCACAUGUGCGGCAUCCUAGCUGGUUACUUGUUCGUGUACUCUUCAGUGAUGCAGUCAGUUAUGACUUCCGGAGCCGGUGCAUUCAGCCGAUGGCUGAGAGCAGUUGCUGGUCCUACUUACUAUCGACAUGACACUCCACCUCCACGCUAUUCAAGGCCUCCAACGUCCUCUUUUGAGACCGACGAAGACAUAGCACGACGUCUUCAAGAAGAAGAAUACCAAGAUCAUGCUGCUCCACAGCCGCAGCCAGGACAACCAACACCUGAACACAUCAGCCCAAGCGAACUUCGACGCCGGCGUUUGGCUCGAUUCGGCACCGGACAUUAA